UGUUGUCGUGGGAACUUUCGCCGAAGGGUUCGAACUUUUAACAGGUUGCAGAGUUAUGAGUGCCGGGAAAUCUGCGGAGAUCGGCGAACCGGAGGGACCGGCACAAAGUGGCUCCAGCCUUUGUUUGUCGGAUAGCGAGAAUGAAGACGCUUGGGAGGAGGAAGAGGAGGAUGGUGCCGACGAUCCCAGCGCCGGGAUGGAGGGACCUUCUCAGAGCACUCCCUGCCUUUUCUGCAACAGAAGCCAGAUGCAGAAUAUGUUAAUUCUCUUAGACCUCCAUUUCCUUGGAAUGAAGAUAACUAUUUGAAGCCUGUAAUAGAAAACGACUUACUACUACAGUUUGAUGUAGAAGACCUCCUUGAUUCUCCCAGUAUCUCCUGUCCUAAUGGAGUAUCUGAGACUUCAUCUCUCCUUGAAUGUUUGAAAAAUGCUGAGCACAGAACUGAGUUGGCAGAAGCUGCAUUGGCCAGAGCCCAAGAUGAUCUACAGAAAAUGAGGCAAUUUACGCAGGAUUUGGUGAUGAACACAGAAAUCGGAAGUAGCUCAUCCGCCAGCACGACUGGAAACUUAAAAGAGGAUGAGGAAGAUGUUUACUUCAGCUCAUACGGGCACUUUGGGAUCCAUGAAGAAAUGCUAAAGGAUAAAGUGCGUACUGAAAGCUAUCGUGACUUCAUUUAUCUAAACCCACACAUCUUUAGAGAUAAGAUUGUCCUAGAUGUUGGAUGUGGCACUGGAAUCCUUUCCAUGUUUGCUGCCAAAGCAGGUGCAAAAAAGGUGAUAGGAGUGGAUCAAUCUGAAAUCAUUUAUCAAGCCAUGGACAUCAUUAGGCUCAAUGGACUUGAAGAUAGUAUUUAUUUGAUCAAAGGAAGAAUUGAAGAAGUUGAUAUACCUGUUGAAAAAGUUGAUGUUAUCAUAUCGGAAUGGAUGGGCUAUUUCCUCCUCUUUGAGUCUAUGCUGGAUUCAGUCAUUUAUGCAAGGGACAAAUAUUUGAUCAAAGGAGGCUCAGUGUAUCCUGACUCCUGUUCCAUUAGCCUGGUGGCUGUAAGUGAUAUCGCUAAGCAUACCGAUCAAUUGACUUUCUGGGAUGAUGUAUAUGGCUUCAAUAUGUCCUGCAUGAAAAAGGUGGUAAUGCCUGAAGCAGUUGUGGACGUCUUAGAUUCGAGGACUCUCAUAUCUGAAGCUUGUAUCAUCAAGCGGAUAGACUGCCAUGUUGUCUCAGUUCCAGAAUUGGAAUUUUCAUCUGACUUCGUCUUGAUGGUCACCAAGACUUCCAUGUGUACGGCGAUUGCUGGAUAUUUUGAUGUGCAUUUUGAGAAAAAUUGUAACAAACAAAUCCUGCUUUCAACUUGUCCCUGUUGUACCAAGACACACUGGAAACAAACAAUGUUUUUUCUGGAAAAACCAAUUUCUGUCGAAGAAGGUGAAGAACUGAAAGGAAGGAUAACAAUACACAGAAACCGAAAAGAUCUCCGUGCCCUCAUUGUAACACUUUCAAUUAAAAAUGUGAAACAAACAUACAGUCUACAGUGAACAUUGCCCCACAAUCAGCUUGAGAAGCUCAUUUCAAUUACCAGAUGUUUCUUUUUGAAGCAGAAAAACCUGGAUAAAAUAUUAAAUUAAUUUGGUUCUACUUCCAAUAACUUUUGUUUUCCUGGACAUAUAGCUGUUUUUUUUUUCUGGACAUAUGAAACAACUGACUGUGCUUUGCAAUCAGCUCAUGCUGUCCUAAGAAAUUAUUUCACCUUGUGUGCGAAACCAUUAGUAGAG